AUGUCGCGAACGGAAAAUCAGAUGUAUGGCAAUCCAGACUUCCAGCGUGCUUGGUAUCCGUGGGAAGGGCUCACAGCAGUGCAGGUACCACGGGGAGAAGAAUGCAUCUAUGCCAUUUCCAAAAGAGGUCAGCGAUUGAACAGAAAGGCAAAUGUGCAAGCGACCACCGGUCGCUUGCCUGGUUUCCGACCCACAACAGUGUUGAUCAGCAGUGACCGCGACCAGCAGAAGGAAUCAGUUUUCGUUGGCCGAAAACUACCUCCAGUAAGCGGCAAUGCUAACAGAGCAACAACACAAGAAUGCUUAGAAAUCGAUGGUUGGUCUAUGGUGGCCGGUGAAUGCGCAGGCGCUCCUACUGCCACCGACACAAUCUCGAACUUUCGUGCGGAGGGGCCGAUAUUACCUCAAAAUAGCAACGCCUAUGCGAAGCAAACACCGCAAGUAAACACGAGAUCCAUGUCCGACAUUGGUGGGUUGGUAGAAAUUGAGAGUGGAGUUGAGCAUGAAGAAACCGUGCCAUUUGGAAAAGAAGAUCUGACCCCCCCGGCACACAUUUUUCAAUGGGAGCAUCAAGGCCCUGCGUCAUGCUUGUCGAUUUGCUCGGCACCAGCUGCAUCCUGGGUGCGUAAAGUGACAGGUAGCUUGGACUUCCAUCUUGUGGCUCGCAAUUUGGUCGUGGGCUGGACUCGACGAUGCAAGAUACCAAGCCGGACUAUGCUUUUCGGGGAGAACAAAGAACCUGAAGCAGAUAUAGCAUGGGAAUAUUGUACAGCUUAUUUUGAAGAAUCGUUCGAAGCUACUUACGGCUUUGUAGACCGAUCGGAAUUCUUUACGUGCCUCAGUGCGCACUUCCGCAAUGAUGAGCAUCUAAGAAAUGAUCCUGCUUGGCAUGCACUCCGGAACACAGUUUACGCUUCGGGAUGCCGCAUUGUUCUCUCCAAGAACGAUGCAUCUCACUAUUCAGAAAUUCAAAAAGAGGCCUGGAGCUAUUUCCAGAACGCGAUGUCCGCCCAUACUGAGCUGUUGUUCACCUUCACUAGCAUCAUGGCGGUCAGAGCGUUAAUUGCUAUGACAUUCUUCACAGAAGGAUUGGGAAGCCCGGCACUCCAGUAUAUGCUCUGUUCGAGCGCAGCUCGCCUAGCCCAGUCCAAAGGAUUUCAUCGCCAGCCAGCACCUUCAUGGAAGCUUGAUUCAGAUCAGAUCGACAAUCAAAAUUGGCUGUUUUGGGCCAUUUACCACUGUGAUAAGAGUAUCGCACUUCGAUCAUCGCGGCCUUCGCUUGGAUACUAUGCUAGCAUAUUAGCUCUCUACACACCCUUUAUGAACCCUUGGAUCUCAAAUACGAUUGUGGGUGAUAGUGCCGCGAGCGAUGAACACUAUCAAACCGCCACAAAUACUGUCGCGGAUGCUGCACGAAAUCUUAUUGUGAUCACCACCCAGAUUGAGAUCAAUGCAGCUUCACCUCAAUGGCAAGUGUCGGCGUUCACAUAUCCGCUCAUCGGAGUUACAAAUCUCUUUAUCCAUAUCCUCAAAGCACCCAAACUACCAUCAGUGGCUGCGGAUUUGGCGCUAUUGGAUGUCGCGGCUGGCCAUUAUGGUCGAGUUGAGUUAAUCACCGAAUCAGACAUGAGUUUUCCAUUCGCUCGUAAGCUCGCAGAAAUCGCGCGUAAGGCUGUCGACAAAGCAUGGUCCGCCUGCGAAGAGCAGACCUCGACUGCCAAUUCUGGUACUAUGGAUGUAAUGGAUCAAGCAGUCUCGGAUAACGUUGAUGCCCUGCUAGAUUGGGGAUUUAACAAGUCUUGGGACAACGAAGACUGGAUGCUCGAAGACUGGUCAAUGUUACAACCAGAUUCAUUGGGAGAUUUCGCUAGUUUGCAGGAUUAA